GCGCUAUGCAAAUGAGCGGGGUAGCCUGGCGGCGGGGCGGGCGGCGCGGCGCGGAGAGGCGGUGGCGAUGCGGCGGGUGGUGGAGUAGUGGGUGCAGUACUGGUUCCGUAGCGCUCCGCAGCCAUGAAGUACAAGAAUCUUAUGGCAAGAGCCUUGUACGAUAAUGUCCCUGAAUGUGCAGAAGAGUUGGCCUUCCGCAAGGGAGACAUUUUGACAGUGAUAGAACAGAACACUGAAGGUCUCGAAGGAUGGUGGCUCUGCUCCUUACAUGGCCGGCAAGGCAUCGUUCCAGGCAACCGUGUGAAACUCCUGAUAGGUCCAGUGGUACAGGACAGUCCUCCUGGUCAGGAUAUGUCCAAUUCAGGACAUAUGACACGUCAAUCCUUUAAUCAGCAAAAGAUCUACCAAGUGCCAAGCUCGCAUGCCUCAGCACGGGACCCUGUCUAUCAAGUGCCACCUUCUCAUCAGGGGAUUUACCAAAUACCCACUGGUCAUGGUCUAGCAGGACAAGAUGUUUACCAGGUGCCACCCUCGAUGCAGAGAUGUAUUGACGGUCCAGCUUUGACUAACAAGGUAAUAACUCCAGUCAGGUCAGGACAAGGUUAUGUUUAUGAAUUCCCUUCCAAAUACCAGAAGGAUACCUAUGAUAUCCCCCCGGUUCGCCCUCUUCAAGGGAUAUAUGACAUUCCCCCCACAUCAGUUAAGGGGCCUGCACUUCCAGUUCCCAUCGGAGAAGCAAAAGCUUUAGGAGUCUAUGACAUACCACCUGCCAAAGUGGUCUAUGCAACCAAUCCAUCUGCAUGCCGAGAUGAUACAGGCCUGAGGGAAAAUGUGCAGGAUUUUUCAUCUGCAGUGGGCCACAGUGCAAGACCAGAAGGAGUAUAUGAUAUUCCUCCUCCCAUCACCAAAGCAACUGGAAAAGAACUUAAUAAAUUUCCUCCUGAGAGCCUGUUAUUGUCGGACGGAGUGCCACAGAAACAUGGUGUUUAUGACAUCCCUAUGAACCAGCAAAACCAUUUUCUUGGACAGCAAAUUGCACCUCAAAAAGAUGUUUAUGAUACCCCAAGGGGAGUUGCAUUCCCAGGACAACAGACAGGACUCAAUGAAAGUCUCAUCCCAGAAGGAAGAGAAGGUGUAUAUGAUGUGCCACCACCAGUCCUCCAAGACACUAAAGGCUUACAGGAUGUGACUGAUGGGAUAAAUAGGUUGUCUUUCUCCAGCACAGGAAGCACAAGGAGUAACAUGUCCACAUCUUCAACAACAUCAAAAGACUCUUCUUUCUCAGCAUCGACUGCACAGGACAAAAGAUUAAUCCUUGAUCCAGACACUGCUAUAGAGAGGCUUUAUUGUCUCCAGCAGAUGGUGGAGACAGCUGUCAAUAACCUUAUGGCUUUUGUAACAGCAGACUGGCGAUCUUACGGAUAUAUGGAGAAACACAUCAAUGAAAUUCACGCUGCUGUGGAUAAGGUAGAGCAGUCGCUGUUGGAGUACCUCCAGUUUGCUAAAGGAUCAGCAGCCAAUGCUUCCUGCCUGUCCGAGUUCAGCCUCCUUAACAAAAUGAGGAGGGAGGUGCAAAGGCUGGAGGACUCUCACCAGAUCCUUACCCAAACCAGUCACGACCUGAACAGCUACAACUGGUCUUUGAAUGUUCUAGCUGUCAAUAGACUGCAGAGCAAGUGUGAUGACUUAGAUCGGUUUGUAAUGGUGGCAAGGACAGUCCCAGACGAUGCCAAGCAACUGACCACUACCAUCAGUGUCAACGCAGAGAUGCUCUUCAAACAGGCACUGAGCAGCUCACGUUUCAAAAACGUACCAGAGAGUAUCACAAACAUUCCUGACUAUGUUUAUGAUAAUCCUCAUAUGCAGCGUCAUGGAGAAAAAGCACAGAACCACUGUACUUCCCUUCCUCCACUCCUGAAUAAAGGUCAGCACCCUCACAAUACUACCAGUGAGAGCUCAGAAAAGAGCUGGAUGGAUGACUACGAUUAUGUUCACCUGCAGGGAAAAGAAGAGUUUGAAAGGCAACAGAAGGAGCUGCUGGAAAAGGAAAAUAUCAUGAAGCAGAGCAAGAUGGAGCUUGAGCACCAUCAGAUCAAUCAGUUUCAACGUCUGGAGCAAGAGAUCACAAAGCCAGUAGAGAAUGACAUCUCAAAAUGGAAGCCACCUCAAGCUCUCCAAACUGCAAACAGUGCUGCCACCUCCCGUGACAGCCAGCUGCUUUUGUUCUAUUCUGACCAAUGUGAGACUCACUUCAACUCCCUCCUAAAUGCCAUCGAUGCCUUUUUCAGUUGCGUCAACGCUUCUCAGCCCCCCCGGAUCUUUGUGGCUCACAGCAAAUUCGUCAUUUUGAGCGCUCACAAACUUGUGUUCAUUGGGGACAUGCUCACGAGGCAAGUGACGACUCAGGACAUACGCAACAAAGUGAUGAACUCCAGCAAUCAGCUGUGUGAACUGCUGAGGAGUGUGGUUCUGGCUACCAAGACGGCUGCCUUGCAUUACCCCAACACAGCAGCCCUGCAGAAGAUGGUGGACCAAGUGACAGAGCUGUCGCGUCACGCACAGUUGUUCAAACUCUCGCUGGUCCAAAUGGCAUCCUUAUAAAACCCAGUAGAGCCCAGUCUGUGAGCGGCAAAACAGAAGAGCAAACUGGAGCUAUUUUUGUGUAAAUGUUAUCAUUUAUUUUUUUAGAUUUUUUAAAUGGAAUAUUUUAAAUACAUUCAUACUUGUUAGAGAAUCUAAUGAAAUCAGGGAUCUGGGAGUAUAUCUGGUUCUGUAUUAUGUUUCUAAUACACAUUUAGAUUCGUAUAUACUGCAUAUAUGUAUAUGUUGCUGUGUUUGCUAAAAUAUCAGCUAAGCACCUUAAAGAUUAUGCGUCGGGUAAGCAGCAUGCAUCUUUUGUAUAUACUGCCUGUUUCCUCAGUAUAUUUGUUAACUGGAUGCUGCAUUCCUCUUGUUUCAUUCCGUCUUGAUUUUGGCACAUGGACUUGGUUGUGAAACCUACUUGUACCAAUCCACGAAGCAAGUGUAAUGGUUCUCAUAGAACUCCGUUCCCUUCUUAGAAGUUACUUUCUAUAGGUUAAUUCCAUGAAAUUUAACUCUCUUCUCGCUGUCACUUUGUUAUGUACAGCAUUCAAUCAUUCUGACUGGCAUAUAUGCACAACUGCAACAAGCAGCACUCCAAGCAAGGCAUGCAGCAUUUUGAAGAAAAGCUUUUUUAGGCCAUAUAAGAAACAGAACCUUCUAAGGAGGAAGGCAGAAUCAUAUAUAUUUAGUAUCUUACAGCAUUCAAAUUUCACUGUUUCUGAUAACUGCAAGAUGGGAUUUCAAAAAGUGGAUGAAUUCCCAGCAAGGUAAAUUCAUACACGUUUACCUUGUAUGUCCUUGCAUUGGCAAUUAGAUUUAACAGGCUCAAAAGCCUUACUGUUCAUGGACUCAAGACUUAUCCUAAAAGCAUCCCAGAAUUCAUUGGACUCAUCUCAUCUUUGAGGCUGCAGAUGAGCAAUGUCUCAAAAUACUAGUCCCUUCCAGAGGGAUUAACAUACACAUUGUAAUUCCUAUGGAAAGAAAAUAGCUUGAUUUGAAAUAACAGAUAAGCAUCUCUAUAGCAUAUACACAAUGUAAUGAAGAAAUAGCACUUAUUUUUGUAGGACACAUUCCUGGGAAUUAGUUGCAUCUGUUGGAAUUCAGACUUCCGUUCAGCUCUUGGGUGCUUUUUUCACCCCAAAUUCUCUUGCAUAGGUGCUGAUCCUUCUGCACUACACUGUUGCGAAAAAUGACCUCUGUUUUAAUGGGGCCAUUCCAUCAGUAAAUACACACAAUCCCACCCAGUAACUUUCAGUUUAAACCCUUAAAAAUUGUUAGCAGAUUGGUAGACUGCUUUAGAAAUGUCAUGUAUGCUGGCUGCUCCAAAACACACAUAGGCUUAUUUGUCUCAGUUGCCUUUUGUGAACCCCCUAAGAAUAAAUCAGAAUGCCAUUUACCCAUGGCCCUCAGACUAGAAACAAAGCUUCAAUAGCUCAGGUAAAUUCCAGGUGAUUCUGGCAUUUUUAAAGCAGAAACACUACUCUCCUUGAGUAAUUCAAGGUAGUCCCACAUUGAUGCAUUCUGAGGAUUCACGUCAGCAAAUGGAUCACUGGUGGCACCUCAAGAACAGGCACUUUGGCCUAACUUCUCACUUCCUAGUAUGUAUCCGAACACGUGCCUUACUGAAACAGGAUUUGCUGUCUUACAUAACAAAACCAUUUCAGCAGCAUAUGAAAUCUUGCAGCCUUAAUGUAUUGUUUCAGAGUGAAGACUGUUCUUAGCGACCUUAAUGUCACACUUCUACAGUCUGCCCAACAUUCCUGGAAGGGCAGCAGGAGCCAGCACAACCUCAGCUGGCCCAGAAUUGGCUCCAGUGCCUGGCUCUGGUGUAACAUCCAGAAAGUGCAGUUAUGCUAAUGGUAACCGAUAGCCAGUUGCCAAAAAGCAAUCCACCUGAACCUGUUUUGUACUAGUAUUGUUUGGAAUUCUUUUGGAUUUCCUUAUCCAUUUUCUUUUUUCACUGUGUAUUAUUAGAAAGUGAAAAAGUGUUUUGAAGCUUAGUGGUUAUGUUGAUAGUUUGUGCUUUCGAAAGGAGAACCUUUAUUGCAAGCCUGUAUUACAGUUUGUUAUCUUGUAGAGAGUCAUUUUAAAAUGAUUAAAUGACUAGCUUUUUUAUAUAAAAAA